CCUCGCACACCACAGCGGAGUGGUGGAGUGUACCAUCUGGGCUGGGGAGGGGAAGGAGCAGAGGGGAUGAGCGGCGGCGGCGGCGGCGGCGGAGUGCUGGGCGCCGGCUCGUCGUACCAGAGCUUCGUCCGCACCGCGCUGGAACAGACCCGCCUCCGCACCGCCCUCACGCCCCACCCCUCGCAGGAAAAGUUCAGGCUCAUACGAGCCAACGACGAUGCUGCUGUUUUGGACGCUCUCUCAUUCAGCGCCCCCAAGAUCAGACUGCUUCGCAGCUUGACGGUUGAGAAGAAAAACUCGGUUCAGGUUCUUGACUUUGCUGCUUUCUCUGAACCUGAAUAUGAUCUUCCUAUAUUUUGCGCCAACGCUUUUACGACUCCUGCACAGAGUAUCGUUGUCUUGGACCUCAAUCCGCUAUACGAUAUAACUGAAGACAAGGAUUACAAAGAUAAAUACUACAGGAAUUUGAUGCCUCUUAUACACAAGUAUAGUGAGCUUCUGCCAUGGGGUGGCAAGAUUACGAGCGAAUCUCUGAGAUUCUUCUCUCCAAUCGUGAUCUGGACUAUAUUUGAGCCCACUGAACGUAACCAUCAUGUUCUGUAUUCAGCUUUGAUGGAUUACUAUAAGGUUUGGCUUCAGUUAACGGAUCAAGCAACUGAAGAAAAUGACACAACGAAAGUUGUUCGUAACAGAGAAGCGCAACAUAGAUAUCUCACAUGGAGGGCUGAAAAGGAUCCUGGGUUUCCACUUCUGAAGAAGUUGAUUGGUGAAAGCCAUGCCAAGGAUUUGGUGACUGAGUUCCUGUUCGAAGGAGUGCAUUCUCUUGGAACUAAAUCUUUCCUGGACUAUUUUCGCGAGUACGCAUGUGACGACGGGACAGUAAACAAGAAGAGGAGUAUGAUCGGGAAAUCUUUCGAAGAUAGGCCUUGGGAUGCUACGGGAGAAUUCAUUGGUGGCAAGGAUGCAGGAUGAGAUCUUUUGAUGCAGGAUGAUAUCUUUUGCAGUAGGAUCCACAUGGGCAUUCUUAGGGUUUUGCUGAGCUCCUAGCGAUUCACGGCGCUCUUGCUUCUCAGGUUUCAUUUUAACGUUCUUCGUUACACGCUGUCCGGGCUAAUUUGCAUCCAUGUAAUUUCAUCUGAGUUCUCUGUGUAGCUUAGAAAACAUGUGUAAUAUUUGAUUGACCCUGAUAAGUUUUUAUGGCAAGUUUAGCGACGCGAGAAUGGCAACUUUAGUUGUCAAGCAAGUCAA